GUCCACUCAAAAUCCGCUACCAAAAUCACUCAUAAUUUUUAUAGACAAACACUCAUCCCCCACUGAAAGUUAACACAAAAAUGAAACCCCACCACCACUACCAUCACCACCACAAAUCCUCCUCCUCCCAACCCCCCACCCCCCAAUUCCCCACUAGCACCACACAAACCCCCACACAAAAGAAAUCCACCGAAGAACAGCGAAAAAAAGAAGACGAGGCCGCCGCGGCCCAAGCCUUUGAAGAGUACGUGGCCACUUUCCAGGACACGGCGAGUUCCAGGGGCGAGGGGAAGGUCUGGGUCAAGGCCGGGACCUAUGAUGCGGGAAGGGGGAGGCACGAGGACCCCACGGAGAAAGGGAAGCUGUACAAACCCACGUCCCGCUUCAUCGACAAGGACGAAAAAGUCUUCUCCAUCGAGAGCGGAAAUGACCGGCCGGAUCGACCCGGUGGCAAGAAGAAGACGCAGGAGAAGAAAAAGUCGAAUCUGGAGAUUUUCAAGGAGGAGCUCAAAAUCAUCCAAGAAGAGCGAGAAGAGCGCCACCGCCUCAAAAAAGUCCUGGGCCUCCAAGAAAUGAUAAAGCUUCCCCCGAAACCCGGUGACGAUUUGCGAGCCUCACUCUCCCUCGAACUCGACGAUGUCAAAAUGGGGUCGAUCGAUGAUGGCGAUCCUAACACGACGAAUAUUUACCUGGGGAAUUUGCCGACGAAGAUCUCCGAACAGCAACUGAUGGAGCUCUUCGGCCGCUACGGCCCCCUCGCCUCGGUAAAAGUGAUGUGGCCCCGAACAGAAGAAGAAAAAGCCAGAAACCGGCUCUCCGGCUUUGUCGCCUUCAUGUCCCGUCGGGACGGAGAACGCGCCCUGAAACACCUCGCGGGGAAGGAAAUCCUCGGCACGGAAGUGAAGUUAGGUUGGGGGAAGGCCGUCCCUAUCCCUGCUUUUCCUAUCUACAUCCCUCCCACGAUGAUGGAGUUGACCAUGCCACCGCCUCCGUCGGGGUUGCCCUUUAACGCGCAGGUCGAGAGGGGGGAGAAGGCCCCCCCUUUGGGCACCCCCUUCCCUCCCCCCCACUCUUCCCACCACUCCGAAGCUCGCGAAGAGUUCGAACGAAUAGUCUCUAACUCCACGGUGAAGGUGGUGAUCCCCACGGAUAGGACUUUACUCGCGCUGAUCCACCGGAUGAUCGAGUUCGUGGCGAGGGAAGGACCCAUGUUCGAGGCCAUGAUCAUGAACAGGGAGAUUGCCAAUGUGCAGUAUCGUUUCCUCUUCGAGAACCAAAGCCCCUCCCACAUCUACUACCGCUGGAAACUGUACUCCAUCCUCCAGGGGGAAUCCACCCAGCGCUGGAGAACCGAAGACUUCCGCAUGUUCAAGAAUGGGUCCAUUUGGAGGCCCCCAAACCUCAACCCUUUCACGCAGGGGAUGCCCGAUGAGCUCAUCCCAGAGGAUGAACGAGACAUCCGAAAGGGGACACUCUCCAAUGCGCAAAGGACCCGCCUGGAACGCAUGCUCCGCACCCUGACCCCCACCCGCCCCCGUAUCGCCGAGCUGAUGAUUUUCUCCAUCGAGCACUCCGAGGCCAUCUCCGAAAUCACCCUCACGAUAAAGGAAUCCCUCUCCAACCCCAAAACCCCGCUGUCGAAAAAAAUCGCCCGCCUCUACGCCCUCUCCGACGUCCUCUACAACUGCACCGUCAAAGGAAUGAACGCUGUUGGGUAUCGGAAAGGGUUCAAAAUUCACCUACCUGGAAUUUUCCAGGAGAUCCACUUUGCUUAUCAGACAGAGUGUGACCGGGGUGGUGGGGUGGGGAGUUCAGGGGCAGAGUGUUUUAAGGAGAGGGUGUUGGCCUGUUGCAGGGUGUGGGAUGAGUGGGGGGUGUAUCCCUCGGAGUUUUUGAUAAGGUUGCAGAAUAUCUUUUUGGGGUUGCUGUCGGCCAAUUCGAGGGAGGAAGAAGAAAAGAUCCUCUCCCUCCCUGAUGACGAGGACGACUCUCCCCCUCACUCCCCCUCCUCUCGCCGCUCCCCCUCUUCGCACCGCCGAAAAUCCCCCCCACGCGCCCAACUCCCCCCAAAGAGCGCCCUCAACCUCGUCCGCGCAUUACAAUCCCUCCCGGAAGACGAAGACCUCGAUGGCGUCCCUCUAAACGAAGACCUAUCCCCAAAAAUCCCCACCCAACCCGCACCCCAACCAAUAAAGAUGCAAUUCCUCCCCUCAAAGUGGGAGACGAUCGACCCCGAGGAAGUCGCCGCCGGGGCCGUAACAACAACCUCCAAAUGGGAUUUAUUCGAGGAGAAAGACAAAGAAAAGGAAGUCGGAAUCGUGGAUUACGACGAGGAAGAAGAGGAUGUGGAUGGAGAACCGAUGGUGGAGUCACCUCAGCAGAAUCCGGAGGAUGAGAGGAGGUUACUCAGAGAGGUGGAGUUGAAGGUGGUCGCUUAUGAGGAUGAGCUGGUGGAGAAUUCAGGGAGGGUGGGUGGGGAUGUGGGGGAAAUGGUGGAGGAAUAUAGAAAAAGGUUGCUCAAUCAGUUGGUCAGUGGUGGGGCGAGUAGCGAGGAGGUCAGUCAAAGGAGGGAGGAGAAGAGCGACGAGAGACUGGGUAGAAGGAGGAGGAGGAGCAGCAGGAGGGAUGAUGAGGAGGAGGAGGAUGACCAGGAGACGAGAUCGUCCUCAUCGAGCCACCAGCGCCGCCGGAGCCGCCGCCGAGAUUCCCCGCAGCAGCAGGACUCCCCACAUUCCUCUUCUGGAGGGAGCAGUGGGCGGAGGAGGAGGAGGGACAGCAGGAGCAAGAGGAGGAGGAGGAGAUCCCGCUCUGGCUCCCCCCUGUCCCCAUCCACCUCCUCCGACCAUCGAUCCUCCCGUCGGUCAUCCCACAAGAAAUCAUCAUCACACGCCAAGCGUUAAAUAAAUGCUCAAUUUUUACUUAUUUAUCUUUUCUCUGUUUUUAUUAAGAAAUAAUAAAAUAUCAUGGAAAUUUGCACAAAAAA